ACAUUUCUAUUGCGAUGUAGAUAUAGGCCUAUGUAUAUUUUUCUAUUGAAGUAAUGCAACGACGAAAAAGGUUUGUAGGGAUAGAGGCUGGAGACACUUUCAGUUGUUUUGAAGACCUUAAAAAAACUAUCGAUAGAGUCCAGGAUGAAUCUGAAAUACUUCUUUACAUGCGGGAUUCUGUGACAUUGAAAGGAGCCGUGAAAAAACGACCAAGAGUUGCGCGUUUGGCGAAUCCGGAUCUUGUCUAUCACAGUAUCCUUUAUAUUUGUGUGUUUGGAAGGCGAGAUUCCCAAAAAGCAAAAACCACUGGGCGUAGGUCAGUUCUUCCGGAGAUCUUGAAGAAAAAUCCAGAGAAAUGCAAAGCAGAAAUAAGAAUUGGUCUUUCUGAUGAUUUCCAGUUGCUUGAGGUUCGAAGAAUAUGCGAUGUACACAAUCAUGAUGUUUCUAAGAAAACAUUUAGUGUAAUAUCAGAACACAGAACUCUUCAUUCAUGCUCACCAAAAUAUAGACUGUUGAAUGCCAAGCAUAAAAAGAAAAGAGUCAGACCUGUUCGACAAGCAUCCAGCAGAGUAUCAUCAACUGGAAACAAUCGCUUGGUUCAGUAUAUUGAUAAUGUAGAGCAAGCCAUAUCCACUCUACAAGCACCUUCUACCUCUAAUCAUAAUGGACAUGACAUGGAAACAAGUAACAACAAGAGAUCAGAAAAACGAAAACACACUGAUGCAAUGCCCUCUUCAAUGAAACGACCAUCCAAAAUGAGGAAUAAAAAAAUCGAUGACAGACCUUCAUAUGAUUAUUUUUCAAUGAUGAACGGAGAUUUGUUGGGUGAUAAUGAUGAAGACGAUGAUGAUGAAGAAGAAGAAAAUGACUUUGUCGACUUAUUGACUGUGAAAAAGCAACUCAGUAAAAGAGUGGAAUUUAAAAAACUUGUGGAAAAAUUUUACGAAGUUAAUGGCGCCAUAACUGAAGUUUAUGAGGAACGAAUGAAGCCACAAGCAAUUUAUUUUCAAACUAUAGAAAUGAGGAAGAUGUUUGCAGCUUAUCCUGAGGUGUUUAUUAUCGAUGCUAGCCAUAAAAUUGAGAUCAUGGGAUUGACGCUGUAUGUUGUUAUGAAUACGGAUGGCAAUGGUCAGGCUGCAAUCGUCUCUUUAUGGUUUGUUACUCAAGAGAAUGGAGAUAAUUUACUUUACCUCAUCAAGCAGUUUAAAGAGUACAAUCCAGGUUGGGAACAAAUUACUGUGGCCGUUUGUGGCAAAGAAGAUCGCAACAGAAACCUUUUGAUGUCUCAUCUUCCCAAUGCAGAAUCGUUUAUCUCAUAUUUUCACGCAAUGAGAAAUUUCCGCCGUGAAAUUUAUUCAGAAAAAGACAACGGUUUUGAAUGUGUUGAAGAGAAACAUGCAUGUCUCAAAAUUAUGAAGAAAAUGAUUUUAGCUAAGAAUCAAGAAGUUUACUCAUUUCACUUUGAGAGGUUGAAAUUGUAUGCCCCUGCAGAAUUGUUUGCGUACUUCAUGAAUAACUGGCACACAGUACAGGAUGAAUGGGUCGAUGGCCUAAAAUGUCCAUUUGCCUAUUUUCUUGAUCAAAAGAACAAUAGGCUGGAUGCUAUUAACCAAAUAGUAAAAAGCCUUUGUGAUAAUUUUCAAACCGUUCCGAAAUUUUUCCAUGACCUAUUGAGGAGCAUUGGUUCACUUCAGCUUGAACGAAAACAGAGAGCACUCACCGUUCCUGUUAAAGGACCUGUUAUAACUUCUGAAUUUCACAUCGCAGAGAUGCAAUACAAAAACCUUCUUACAACAUACGCAUUCAGUUUUGUCAAAAGACAACUUCAUUUUUUUCCCAAGGUGAAAAUUGAUUCGAGCCUAAACGAUGAGGUAUCAACGAUUAAAAGUCCAAAAUAUGGUGUGCUAGUUACAAGCAUAUCCUCUUGCCCAUGCGUUUUCAACACUGUGACUGGUCUCCCUUGUUCUCAUAUUUUUGCUGUUCGGAAAGACAAAGGUGUGUCUACAUAUGAUUCAUCAAUAUGUAGAGAAAGAUGGACGUGGCAUUAUCUCAGACGAACACAAGAUUUACCUGAAGAGGAGUCAAAUUUGGUACCAGAUGCUUUGUUUGGUUAUGGCGAGACCCCGCCCAGCACACCAUAUGCAGAUAGUGCAAUGAACGAAGUUAUUGAAGAAUCUCCAUCUGAAGCUGAUGAAGCUCCAUUUGUACCAUCUUAUGCCUCAUUUACUAGUAAAGAUAAUGUGAUAAUAGAGACAACUAACCUCCUGAAUGAAGAUGACCAAGAAGAAAUCAAUGUCCUGCAGCAAAUUAUGAAAAUGAGAAAGGAAUCGUCUGAUGAACGACACAAGACAGGUUAUUUUGAUCCAACCAGUGUCGGUCUCCAAGAAACUGUUUAAUUUAUAUAUUGCAAUAUUUGUAUCAUGCCGCUUUGUAUAAUAUUCUGUAAAGUGCUGCUGAAGCAUGAUCAUGCUUGGAAAAAGUCAUUGGGUCUAAACUGUGCCAUUUCUGCCACCGCUGUUUUCUUGUUUUUGUUCUUAUUUAAUGCAAAUUUCUUUACUAUCAUUGUUCUUUGAAAUAAAAUAUUUCGUUGUUGGGUAUGUUUUAA